ACUGCAUUUCCUGUUGGCAGCAGAGAGCAAAUGAAAACAGAAGCUGCAGCGGGCAGCGACCCAGGCAAAAAUAGCUCCUGCGCGGCUCACCGGAGCCUUCCCGGGCCCCUGGACUCGGCUCCCGGCCGCGCGUCCUGAUCCCGACAGCUGUAGAAGCCGUCGCGCGGACCCGCAGCAACUUCGCCUAGAUCACACUGGGGCACAGUGCUGGAGAGCCACGCGUCGCUGCCCGGGCCUGGGCCGCGCUGCGACCCGGCUGCUCAGCGCCCGCUUGGACCCGGGCUAGCCCUUGCGGGGCAGCGGGCGUGACGGACCGCGAUGCCAGGGCGCGCUCCCCUCCGGGGGGUCCUGGGGGCCCUGGGCGCCUGGCUGCUGGGCGGCUUCUGGGUCUGGGCGCUGGGCAGCCUCUGCGGCCUAGGGGCGGCGGUGCCGCCAGCGGGAGCUUGGGGCAACCCCGCGGCGCCGCGCCCGUGCCAGGCGCCCCAGCAGUGGGAGGGGCGCCAGGUGCUGUACCGGCAGAGCAGCGGGCGCAACAGCCGCGCCUUGCUCUCCUAUGACGGUCUCAACCAGCGCGUGCGGGUGCUGGACGAAAGGAAGGCGUUGAUCCCUUGCAAGAGAUUAUUUGAAUAUAUUUUGCUCUAUAAAGAUGGAGUGAUGUUUCAGAUUGAACAAGCCACCAAGCUGUGCUCCAAGAUCACGCUGACGGACCCCUGGGACCCUCUUGACAUUCCUCAGAACUCCACCUUUGAGGACCAGUACUCCAUAGGGGGGCCUCAGGAGCAGAUCAUGGUCCAGGAGUGGUCUGACAGAAAGUCAGCUAGAUCGUAUGAAACCUGGAUUGGCAUUUAUACAGUCAAGGAUUGUUAUCCUGUCCAGGAAACCUUCACCAAAAAUUAUAGUGUGAUAUUGUCCACGCGAUUUUUCGACAUCCAGCUGGGCAUUAAAGACCCCACGGUGUUUAUUCCCCCGAGCACGUGCCAGACGGCCCAGCAGGAGAGGAUGAGUGAGGACUGCUCCUGGUAAGCCUGCCAACACAGAAGUGACAGCACACGACAUCAGAUGCCACGGCUGCCGCUCAGAACGGAUUUGAGGCUUGAGAGAUGAGAAUCUUCUUUGGAGACCUACCAUCAUUUUAGGAAGAUAAACAUUGAUGUGGGAUUUUGGUACAUAUGAUGUUGACUACUCACGCUGUGUUUAAAAGAGGGAAUAGGAUAGAGACUGGUGAUAGGAACUGAAGAGACGAACAUGGGGGCUUUGUGUAACCUCUCUGGGGCUGUGCUAUCUGCAUGUGCAGGUCUAUAUGCAGUGCUGUGGCUUACACGGGGCUCGGAGUCAGCCGAAGCAGUCUGCCUCAGCGGGGAGGAAUGUUUUGUCACUGACAUUACUGAAAAUUGCAGGAUAGCACGAGGUGAUAGUAAAAAGCAGAACAAUUUUGGGCAGUUUCAUUAUGAAUUUUGAAGUUCUCUACAGAUAAUGAGCCCUGGAUUGCCUGCACCAGGGUGGUGACUGCUCCGUCUGCCCCACCCCCAUCACGCUCCCUUGGCUACUGACUGAAAAAGUGAUCCCUUAAAGUCCCUUCCAGACUUAACUGCUUUAUGACAUGAGCCAAUUGAUGUACACAAUUUGGGAGGAAAUGAAAGGCUAUAAAUCAAAGUAGUUAUUCCUCUCAAGAGACAUUUUAAACAAAAGAAUUUGAAAAUCUUAAUGCCUAUCCCUGGGUAAGCAUGAGCCAUGUAUGCUUCCUUUUUUACUAUGCAAGAGUAUUGAUGCUUGUGCUGAAUCAUCACAGACUUGUCAAGAGACCUACAGAGACAGGUAGUAUUUCCAAAAAUAGCACUGACCUGGGAGUCAGAAGACUACGGCCUCCAAAGCCCAGGACUAGCAUCUCCUGUACUCGAACUUCUUCGAUUAGCUAAAUGCACUAUGCUUUCCCUCACCUUAGCCUUCCUGGGACAUUGCUUCACAGCCUCCUUGUCUAGGUGACUUCUGCUCAUCCUUCCCAGGUCAGCUCACACUUAACCUUCAGAGAGCUGUUCCCAAGCCUGGACUGAGUGCACCUUGCAGCUUAAGCCUGCUGUUCUCACAGUACGUAUUUAUGCUGUGAGUUCAUUUCCUGCGUACCGGACACUAUCAUACGCUAGCCUGGCUAUGAGCUCCUUGAGUACGGGUUCCUUUACUUUUAUAUGCCCAGCACCAAGUAAGUGCCUGGCACAUGGUCAGUGCCCUACAGGUUUGUAGAACGGAGAAUGCCAGCCUCUCUGGUCCUUAGAUUCCUCAUCUGUUAAUAGGGUUGGAUUUGCUGAUCCCUAGCGAGACUCCUAGUCAUAAAAUUAUUAUUCUAAAUUAUUCUACAAACUGUGUUUCUUCUGUACAUCUAUUUAUCACCCAUUAGAAGGCGAAAUGUGUGACACCUAUGUUAUGCUGAAAAUGAUCUGUAUUACUCACAGUUUACAUUAUUUCAAUAAACAAAUUAAAUUGCA